CAAGCACAGCAGGGCAGACAGGGACGAGACGAGACGAGACGAAUGGAUUCCCUCCCUGAUUAAGGUGAAGGCGGGGCCUGAUCCAUGAUUAGCAAGACCACUUCCACUUUUGUGUUACGUAAUUAACCACUUGCCUACUUGAGUGAGGGCGAUGCGCAGCUCAGCUCCGUUCAAAGGAGUGUAUAAAUAGGAUGAGAGGAGGAGGAAGAGGAGGAGGCGGAGGAGAGGAGUUGCGAUGGUGCCCAAGCCCAACCCCUAGUUCCGACGACUCCCCUCGCCGACGCGGAUGCGGCCCAGGGACUUGCACCCGCUCUGCUGCCUCCCCGUCGGGGACCGAUGCUCUCCCCCUCCUCCGCAGCCCGAGGAGCCACCGGCCGUGGCCGGGGUGCUCUACAAGUGGACCAACAUCGGCAAGGGCUGGCGCCCGCGCUGGUUCCUGAUCCGCAACGACGUCCUCGCCUACUCCAAGAUCCGACGCCGCUCCAGGCCCGCCGAGCCCGCCGCCGCCAGGCUCAUUGGGCCCGCCGAAUGCGGCGACGACCGCCCCAUUGGCUUCGUGCAUCUCAAGAACUCCUCAUUCCGUGAAAGUAAGUCAGAUGAUAGGCGGUUCUACAUAAUUACUCCGACCAAGACGCUGCAGCUGAGAACGGACUCUGCUAACGACCGAGUGGCUUGGAUUGAGGCCCUUGUUUCUACCCGAGCUGAAUCUUCUCCUAAUGGGGGCUUAUUAGACCAGAAUGAUGCAUCAUUUUCUGCAGUGAGGUUAAGGAAUCGCAUGCAUGCAGAUGGCCUUGGUGAGGAGAUUAUUAAAGAUUGUGAACAGAUUGUCCAUUCAGAAUUCUCUCAGUAUUAUGCACAGAUGAAACAACGCUGUGAAGAAUAUUUGAGCUUUCUCGGCAGUCUUUCACGACAGCAUAAGGCACUUAAUGCAGAUGAUACUGCUAAUGUCAGUGAGCCUCAUCCACACUUGAUAAAACCUGAGUACUCCUGCUCUGGACAUGGAAAAUGUAGUGAGAGCAGCAACACAGAAUCUUCUGAUGAUGUUGGGCGACAAGAGUCAGAUGAAUUGUCGGAUGAAGAUGACUAUCAUUUCUAUGAUACAAGGCAAAGUUUCAGUGAUUCAGCUGCAAGUCCUGAUUUGAAGAUGAAAAUUUCAAAUUCUAGCAAGGAUGACUGUCUCUAUGGUGAUAAAUUUGUAGAACCAAGGUCUGAUAUGGGAAAUAGUGGGUGUUUGUUGCUGUCUUCAAAACACCGCACAAAGUUGCCCAAGCCAGUUGAGACGGAAAAGGGUGUUAGUCUUUGGUCAAUGAUCAAGGACAACGUUGGAAAAGAUCUGACACGAGUAUGUCUGCCUGUUUACUUUAAUGAACCAUUAUCAUCUCUUCAAAAAUGCUUUGAAGACUUGGAAUAUUCUUAUUUGUUGGAUCGUGCAUAUGAAUAUGGCCUAAAGGGGAACAGUUUGAUGAGAAUUCUAUAUGUUGCUGCAUUUGCUGUCUCUGGGUAUGCUUCCUCGGAUGGCCGCCCUUGCAAACCUUUCAAUCCAUUGUUAGGGGAAACCUACGAAGCUGAGUACCCUGAAAAUGGAAUCCGUUUCUUCUCUGAAAAGGUUAGUCAUCAUCCAAUGGUCAUGGCUUGUCAUUGUGAAGGAAAAGGUUGGAAAUUUUGGGGAGAUAGCAAUGUAAAGAGCAAAUUCUGGGGGCAGACAAUCCAGCUGGAUCCUGUUGGUGUUUUAACUCUAGAAUUUGAUGAUGGAGAAACUUUCCAAUGGAGUAAGGUUACAACAACAAUUAAUAACCUUAUCAUCGGUCGAGUUUAUUGCCAUCAUCAUGGCACGAUGAACAUAAGUGGGAACAGGGAAUAUUCAUGCAAGCUGACGUUCAAACAGCUGUCUUUCCUUGAGCGCAACCCUCGCCAGGUUCACGGAUUUGUUAAGGAUGUUAAUGGUGCCAAGGUUGCAACCCUAAUGGGAAAGUGGGAUGAGAGCUUGUACUGCAUCACUACUGAUGAUGCCUCCAGAGUAAACUUCAGUGCAUUAGGUCCGAAUGCAGAUGCCACUCUGUUGUGGGAGAAAAAUGAACCUUCAACUAAUCCCACUCGAUAUAACUUAUCAUCAUUUGCAAUAACUCUUAACGAGCUGACACCAGAACUCAAGGAGAAACUUCCACCGACAGAUUCAAGACUCAGACCAGAUCAGCGACAUCUAGAGAAUGGGGAGUAUGAUAAAGCCAAUGCUGAGAAGUUGCGGCUGGAGACAAGGCAACGGAUGUCACGGAAGAUGCAAGAAUUCGGCUGGAAACCAAGAUGGUUCCAAAGGGACACCGAAGAUGGGACAUUCCGCUAUACAGGAGGGUACUGGGAGGCUAGAGAACAGGGGAAAUGGGAUGACUGUCAUGAUAUAUUUGGUGAAUUCUCCGACAACCGAAAGUUGCAAGCUUCUCAGCCUGUUUAGCUUAAAUAUGUAGCUAAUCUAGUACUCCCUCCUGUCAUAAAUACAUAUCGAUAUAGAUAAGACACGGUCUUCAAUAUAUAGCUUUAACCACUAUUUUUUAUUAAAAUAUAUUUAUAAAACCUAUUGAAUUUGUGAUAUUAUGGAAGCAUUUUUUAAAAUAAAUAUAUAUAUAUAUUUUAAGGUUUUCAAAAUAAAUAUUUUGAAAGUUACUGUUAGUUAAAGUUUUAAAAGUUUGACCGAAUCUUUUUCAAAAUGAUAUGUAUUUAUUAUCGGAGGGAGUAAAUGUUAUCAUGAAAGAAAUGAAUCACUAGAAAAUAAAAUAUAUCUUAUUACCGUCA